AUGUUUGAUGAUUUGUGCCGAUUGUGUUCUCAACCUCAUUACGAGAAAGCAUUGGAAAUAUUUAGUAAACAAUAUGUUGAAAAUAGUGUAACGUUAGGAGUAAUGAUACAAAAAUGUAUAAAUAUUGAAAUUGAUGAAAAUGAUAGAUUACCCUUUAAGAUUUGUCAAGAAUGUCAUUACAAACUUUUAAUGUACUACGCUUUUCAACAACAGUGUGAAUAUGUAAAUUGUCAAUUUCGUCAAAAAUUGAUAUUAGAACAAAACCUUGAUGAAAAACCAAGGCAACCAAAUCAAGUUAUUCAAGAAGUGCCAAUAACAUCUGAUAAAGAAAAAAGUAAAGAUGAGUCUAUUUCUUUUUCCAAAAUGGUACCCCAAAUAGAAAAUGAACAAGAAUCCAUCAAAACAAGUAGUCAAAAAGAUAUUUCCAAAGUACCCCAAUUCAAAGAAAAUCAAGAAUCAGCAAAUAAUAUUAAUAAACAUAAUUCCCCAAUAAGUAUGUGUUAUCUUUGCGGUGCAUUAGUGAAACGCAUACAUUCCCAUAUGAAAGCUCAUAGAGAUGCUGAAAAACCUAAACUAAAGAAAUACAAAUGUGAGAAAUGUGGAGCUGCCUUCAGUCGCUCAAAUCAUUUAAACAUACAUCUUAAAACACAUCUAGAUGUUAAGCCUCUGCAAUGUACAUUAUGUGAUAAACGGUUUAUUGCAAAACGUUACUUAGAUAAGCACAUGAAUGUUCAUGCGGGAAUGAGGCCUUGGAAAUGCCAGUUUUGUUCAAAAGCAUUCCAAACUAAAUACAAUCUGAAUACACACGUAAGAGUACAUACUAGAGAAAAACCAUUUAAGUGCCCAUUUUGUGAGCAAUGUUUUAGACAAAGAGCUGCGCUUAAUUUGCAUGUACGUGCACACAGAAAUACAAACGUUAAUUGAUCUAUUUUAUUUCAUUUCAAAUAAGUGAAUUAUUUUGAAAACUUGAAAUAUGUAUCAUAACAGGACAAAAAUGAUAAUACAUUUAGCAGAGAGAUUUUUUCUAUUUUUCUGCCUGAGAUUUGAAAGUGAAUGGAAGCCUUGGAUGGUUACUAUACAGAAUAAUUUGUCUGCAAAAAUUGCAUUUUACAAAUACUAGAAGAUAUGGAAAAUGGAAUACAGGAUUCUUGUGGAACAUAAGCAGUAACAUGUGCAAGUGGUAGAAAUAUUUUUGAUGCAAUAAAGCUUGGAUUGCAUUCAAUUAAACAUUUAAUAUACAUAACUUAGCAUGCUAAGUGCAUUUAUAAAGCUAAAUGCUAUUUGUGAGAAGAUAAUAUCAUUUUAUUUGCUCAUAUGCAGUGGACUCGCGCUAAUAUUUUUUUACCAGAACAUUAAAAUUAAAAGACUGGCC